CAAAAAUACUGGAAUAAAUUUGAAGAAGAAAUCCCCAAAUUCGACGUAAAAGAGAUGCGAGAACUACAGGUAACCCGGAAAAGAAGGCUACCGGGAAUAAUGCAAAAGAAAAAGGUGACUUUUGCACAAGAUCCAGAUGGAGUGGACUACCCAGAACGAGGUGGCGAUACGUGGUGCAUGUAUGAAACGAUUCCGAAUGAUGAAUGGGUCACCGAAGAACUUAUGGCAAACUGCAUUUUCGUCGGUCCCAAACGACCUAAAGGUUACGAAACAGUCCAACAGGAUGAAGUUGAUAAAGGGACCGAAAAAGAAGCGGAAAAAAAGGAACCAGUUGAAGAGAUAGUCGAAGGAGGAUCGAACGAAACGGAAGAAAGUUCAAAGUCGGCUUUCGACAUCGCACGGAUGUUAACAGAUAGAGGAGAAAUGUGGAAGAAGUUCAAAGAGGAAGUUGAGAGGAUAUCGAAUGAACAACAAAACCCAGUAACGGAGGCAAAAAACGGGGAAAUGUCACUCGAUAACGGUGAGGAAUGUCCGCCGGUCGAGUUGACCGAAAAGCCAUUAACGAGCCCCGAAGAAAUAAAUGAACUGGAAAAGUCAAAAUCGGACGAAGAAAGGUCAAACUCCGAUCAAUCAGAAAGGUCACCAACGAGAAUUCGGGUAGCAAGGAGUCACCCAAGAGUCGCCGCACGAAACGGACGAAAGGCAAAAGAAGGGGACAAACCUCUGCUCAAAAAUUUGAAAGCGAAAAACUUAGCGAUUCGCGGGAAAACGAAAGUGACCUUUCAUCAGAAGACGAAGGAGUUGAUGAGCGCCCAAUUGAAAAAGUUGACAAAGGUCAAGCUACUGCACAAGAAUAUGAGAGCAGUAACUCCGACUCCGAGUGGACGAGUUCAAGUGAUAACUCAACGACUUCGGAAGAUUCAGGUGUAAGUGACCUUUCAGAACAAGAAGAUUUAAUGGACUUGGAUGAAGAUGACGAAGUAGAUGAGGAAAAAGAAAAGGAUAUUAAAGUCAGAAGAUUGAAAGUGGAAAAGGCUAGGAUGUCGAAAGACGUGAUCAAAGUCUACAGUGACCAAAGAAUCAAAUUGAAACCGUCCAAUUGCACACGCGUAAAGGUCAAGAUGGGAAAAUACGCACCUGCCCAAAACAAGUUGAUGUUUACACCGGUCCCACAAGUGGAAACGGAAGUGCAACCAUUGGCAGGAGUAACGGAUCACAGAGGAAAGUACUUUGAAAUCGUCAUUGCGAAUCACAGCAGCAAAUAACGGAUUGUGAAGAAAAAUCAGCUUCUUGGCUACGUUGAGCCGUAUGAACAUAGGGAAAAUGUAAAGGUCAACGCAGGGACAGUAAAGAACGUACUCGAAGACCCUGAGGUGGAUGAUACAACGAAAGCUGAAUUGAAGAAGAUAAUCGAAAACCUGAAAUUGGGACCUGACUUUACCCAGGAACAGAAAAACGAUGUGUACAACGCGUUCUGGGAAUUCUGGAAAGUCUUACCGACAUCCAAGAAACCGUAUGGAGAUGUGAAAGGGGUCACCCAUGUAAUUGAUACGGGAGAUGCGAAGCCAGUUAAAUGUAACCCGGCCAGAACGAGUUGGACAGGCCGCGAGUUUAUAACAAAGCAUAUCGAAGAGAUGUUGGCACAAGAUGUAAUUGAACCGUCAGACGCCGAGUGGAGUUUCCCAGUCGUAUUGGCAGUAAAGAAAAAUGGCGACGGAACAAUGGGAACAAGAUUUUGCGUCAAUUACAUCAUGCUUAACAAGCUAACGAGAAAGAAUAAUUACCCGCUACCAAAUCCGGAUGAGUUGCUCGACGCGUGCGCAGGCAACAAAUAUUACGGAAAAAUGGAUUUACAAAGUGGAUUUUGGCAGAUCCCAAUGGAUCCAGCGUCAAUCAACAAGACGACCUUUGUAACGCAAGAUGGAAUGUACCGAUUUAAAAGAAUGCCAUUCGGCGUAUGCAACGGACCAGCAACAUUCCAAUUGUGUAUGGACAAAGUUCUCUCGAAAGCAAAAAGAAAGGGUUGCGUUUUCGGGUACAUUGAUGACGUGAUCUUCGCCGGAAAGACUUGGGCGAUCUUCAUGCAGAAUCUGCGAAAUGUCUUAAUGAGUCUGGUUGAAGCGGGAUUCACGAUUAAACCAACCAAGUGCGAAUUUGGAAUGAGACAAAUGGGAUUUCUGGGUCAUAUACUCAGCGAAGACGGAAUUCGUAUGGACCCGGAAAAGGUCACCGCGGUCUCCGAGUUCAAACGGCCUCAGACUGAAAGACAAUUAAGGUCAUUCCUUGGACUAGCGAACUAUUACCGCAAGUUCAUAAUGGGAUACGCACAGAAGACUUGCCACUUGUAUGAGCUGCUGAGACAAGAUAAACAUGUGAAAAAAGACUGGACAGCAGUACAUGAAGAAGAGUUCAACAGCUUGAAACAGCUGUUAUGUGAAGGUCCAGUAUUGGCAAAGUUUGACCCUGCAAAACCGACCGUCAUCGAAUGCGACGCGAGCAAAGAAGGAAUUGGGGCCGUACUGUCACAAGAUGGACAUCCAAUUGCAUAUGCGAGCCGCGUCCUACAUGGAGCGGAGAAAAAUUACGGUGUAACGGAAUGGGAAUGUCUGGCAGUAGUGUUCGCUGUCAGGAAAUUUAAGCCGUAUAUCGAUUACGCAGAAUUCACCGUAAGGACGGAUCAUCAGGCGCUGACCAAUUUGCUAAGGUCAGAGACGAAUAAAGUCGGAAUGAACCCGCGCUUGACAAGAUGGGCAAUGGCAUUACAAGGUCAUCAAUUUAAAAUCGAAUACAAACCAGGAAAAUAUUGUGACAACGCAGAUGCGUUUUUAAGAGCACCAAUUGAAGGUCCGACGUGUCAAGAGGAGGAAUUUGAUGAGAUUCCAAACUUCGAGGAUUAUAAGAAGGAAUUUGACACGAAAGAACCAGCAAUCGAAAUCGGUCAGCUGUUCCUACAGAUGGUGGAACAACGAGAAAAACGGUUAAAGGUCACUUCAGCUACGGCGAAUGAGUCGGCUGAAAACGAAGUACAAGUGAACCGAGUGAAAAGCUGGUUGCCCGCUGUUAGUGACUUAAAGGUCACCGGACUUGAUGCGGAUUUUACAGUACAGAAGGAAAAGGUCACGGGACUUAAUGUUGGACCAGAGAAAGAUGACCUUUGGGAAACGGAUAAGGUGGCACAAGCGUUAAAUGAGUGCCCGAUUAAGUUGCUGAGAUUCCCAAAACAAAUGAAAAAGAGGUACAAACCGUUACCACGCUGCAAGGUCAUCAAAGAUUGGAAUGAACUCAGCACAGCGACAGUCCGCAUCGUUAACCUACAAGGAGAUGAAGAAGAAGAGGAUGACUCAAAUCUGCAGCUACGGAAUAAACAGUUAAAAGAUCCCCAUCUGGCAAUGAUUAUAGAUGAAUUGGAACAUCUACCAGACGCGGAGACAAGAUCGAAAUUUGAAGUACAUUACCAGUUGUGGAACGGCAUAUUAUACCGAGUAAAGGAUAAAAAUGGGAGACUUGAAAGGUCAUAUGUGGUACCGUUGUCCAUGCGAAGAGCGAUAAUUCACGCAUUGCACGACGAGAAGGCGGCAGGACAUCUGGGAUUCGAAAAGACAUUAUCUGCAAUCCGACUACGAUAUUACUGGGACAGGAUGAGUACAGAUGUGAAGAAUUACAUUCUCGCCUGCCAAGGAUGUCAGUUUCGUAAAACACCGAGGAAAUGCCCGCCAGGAAAAUUGCAAGAGAUUAAAGUCGGACAUCCGUUCUUCCGGGUGUAUGCUGAUCUCAAAGGACCUUUGCUACCGACGAAGAAACGCGGAUAUAAGUACAUAGCGGUGUUCAUUGAUCAACUGACGAAAUACGUGAUUGCGGUACCAAUGAAGACGGCAACGGCUAAAGAAUUUGCCAAAGUGUUUGUGAAGCACGUGAUAUUGGUACACGGAGCACCGCACAUCCUACAUACGGAUCGUGGACGACACUUUACAGCUGAAGUAUUGGCAAAGGUCACCAAUGUGUUUAAGAUUAAACACACAUUCGGAACGGCAUACCAUCCAGAAGGUCAAGGCCAAGUUGAAAGGCAAAUGCAGACAAUUGCGGAUGGUUUGGCACAAUAUCUGAAGGCGGGAAAUGAACGAAAAUUUAAUAAGUAUCUCCCAUACGUUAUCUCGGCAAUGAACAGAGUCGUGCACGCCACAACGGGAUAUUCAGCAUACUAUAUGCUACACGGCAGAGAAAUGACAAUGCCGGAAGAUGUGGUUACAAAAACGAAUAUACCCGAUGAUUAUGGAACUCCAGACGAAUGGGUGGAGACCAUGAAAAAGAACUUGACCUUUGCCGAAGAAGUGGCGAGAUGUAACAUCAAAGACGCUUAUGAGAAGAAUGCGGAAAUUUACAAUAAGAAGAAAUCGGAGCCGAAUUUCAAAGUGGGCGACCUCGUACUGAUACGAUUACCAAAGGACACGAAACAAGGGAAGAAAGAAAACCAGUCGGACUUUAAGUCGAAAUACGAUAAAGUGUGGAAGAUUCUGAGUUUCCCGCGAACAAACGAAGCUGAGGUCAUUGAGCAGAACCCUAAGAACGAAGCAGACUUAAAGGUGGUCUCGAUCGACCGAUUAAAGCUGUGGCAUCCGCCAUUACCUGAGGAAAAAGAUUCGCAAAAAGUAUCGGAGCGUACCUCGAAUUUUUUCGAACCACCUCUGCUACCUGAAGUAGAACAAGGAACAGUAGAACGAGUAACAGAGCGUACUCAAAAAGACUCGGCAGAAUAUUUUUUCGAACCACCUCUGCUUCCCGAAACGGAGAAAGCUAACGGAAAAGAAAAUGAAUCAGAGCGGAGUCCGAAAAAUGACUCAGUCACACAACAAAAGCCAUUUUUCGAACCACGCACUCUGCUACCUGAUAUGAGUGGAGAUAAACCGAGGAAGAAGAGAGGAAGACCCAGGAAAGAAGACAAAGAUUUCGAGACAGCAGUUACAAAAAAGUUGAACGCAGAAGCUGGAAAUUUGGCAGAAAGGUCACCAGCUUUCGGAGAAGAAAUCGAAGUAGCAGGACGCGCUUCGCAAAAGGAUUUCGAACCGAAUCAAAAGCCUUUUUUCGAACCACGUACUGCUACCGGAGACAAAGAUGACCUUUUGAAACAGCAAGUUGGCGCUGGAAUAUCAGAGCGCGAUUCGAAUUUUUUCGAACCACGCACUGCUACCGGCAAUGAGAAUGACCUCAUAAGGAAGAGAGAUGAGGAAAUAGAGGCGGUCAAAACAAAGGCAGAACAAUUGGGCCGCGAUAUAGCGAAAGCAAUCAAUGAGCGAAAGGUCAAGCAGAAGAAGAAGAAACCAACUCCUACGGAACUGCUAACCCAGAAAGGCGAACCUGAGGACGCAGCCGAGAAAGAACUCCUUGAUCGGAUAACUAAAGGACGCGAGAACAAAUAACCACAUAGACAUAAAUAAGGGGUCACACUAGAUUAAAAAUAGGAGUUGGGAAGGCAAAAAGAAAGGUCAUCACUGUGCAAAAAGUUAACCUUUAUUGUUUCAUCUUUAUAGAAGGUAAGCACAGUUAAUGGAAAGACUGGAACUGCAAAACUCGGAUAAUUCUGAUUCGGAAAGUAUUGGAAACCCAUUAAAAGCAUCGACACCUAUAAGAAUGGAAGGUGAAUACGGUUACGACACCUCAUACGGUGAGGGAUCGACGUCGUCAAUGGGAACAGCUCAGAAUGAAACCGGAACAGUUCAAGGAGGUUAUUACGGCGGCCAAGGGUAUUACGUGUAUCACGAUCCAGGACAGCAAACGAAUUACCAGGACACAGUUAACUGGGUGCACCACGGCUCACCUGCCGGAACCCAGUAUUCGGGACAAGUAACGGGCACCCCUUAUCAACCGUACCCGGGAUCGUAUACCCCACCGUCGGGACCCUCACAGGUGAUAAUGGGACCGGCAAGAAUGUUGAUGCCGCCACCGCAACAGACUACACCGAGUCGAUUUACGGGACAGGGAGGAUUCGGCGGAAUGAUGGUAACUCCAGCGCGAUCACAAAGGUCAUCCCCGAUAUUACCGCCUUUUCCGGAGACGCGAGGCUUGUCACUGUCGGACAUCGGAGCGCCUCGCAUGAGAACACCGCAGCAACUUGGAGCACAGCGCCCUCAUCGUAAUUCGCCACACAGAGGAGGAAGGCGACCAAGAGGCAUUUUACCGUCACUGGGUCCCAAUUUGGAUCAGACUGGACCAGAUGGUUUACGGCUUACGCCCCCAGGCGAACCCUCAAUACAUGAAUACGCACCGAAGCUUCCUUUGGACUUGAGAGAUGAUGACCCGAACCUGAAUUUAAUAGUGGAUAAAAAGGAAAAACUGACGGAAGCCGACUUAGAAGCCAUCCGCGACUUCAAUCGGAAAUGCCGUGACCUUUACAGAAUCCACAUGCGAGUUGAAGACGAACACGCAUGGUAUGGAAAGUUAAUCAGCUUGGAAGCUGUUAUCACACCAUGCCACAUUGCCAUGAAAGAUAAGACGAAGCAGGUUGAAGCAAAGCGCAAGGAAUACGCAAUCCAAGUUGCAUCGAUGUGGCAAUAUCAUCCGACAAUAAAAGGUAGAAGGUGGCCGGAGACUGUCGAAAAGAUCCUUAGAUAUCUCAAGGUGUUCCCAGAAACAAGACAGACGCCGACUACCAGCGUCGCGGGACCAUCCAAACUCAUAGCUGAAAAAGACGCCCCGGUCGAUGAAAUGACGGAUGAGGACCUUUUGGCAACAAAGAAGAAGAUUGAUGCUGAAUUAACUGAACGAGCAGAAAGGUCACGGGCCAGCUCCACCGCAGGAUCAGUACGUGGACGCACUAGUUCGGUUACAGAACCAUCUAGCGGAGCCACGAAGAGUGGAAAAAGAGCAAGGUCACCAACGAUAAGCCCAAAAGAAACUGACAAGAAAGGGCAGCGAACGAAGAAGGCCACGUCAGGUAAAGCAACACCAGCUGAUUUGGCAAAGCCACAAGGCCCAGUCCCAGUGGGUAGAAAGAGUGCGCCACCCACACCGGCUGGAACAGAAGGUCAGAUUCGAUUCCCGAAGUGUAGAAGUUUCACGGCCAAGUACACUGGGGAAGACCAUAAGGAACGAAAGGUUACGGCACGUAUAGUCGAUAAGAAAACGAAUAAAGAGAUCGACUCGUAUAAUCCCCUCGCGGAUAAGUCAGUUAAGGAUGCCAUUGGGGAAGAGUCAAAAACGGUAGUCAACGAGGCGCUACAGUUUAUUCCCCCAGAAGAACGUCACAAUCCAAGAGUUCUCAUUCAGAUGCUGAAACACGUGGUAUCUAAAGUUGCGACUGAAGAAGAUGCAUGGAUCCGUAUCAAAGUGGGCACAAAUGAUGACCACUUGGCAUAUACAUACACAACGGAUGGCUAAUUGUUGACCAAAGAGAGAACUCGCUCAAAACCGACGGCGGAUCCAGACCCUAAGAAACGAUCGUCAGAUGAUUAUGAAUCGAUCCCAAGAUAUACAGAGGCGACAAACAGAAAGGUCACCCUCAGACUUUUCGCUGGUAAUGGAGAAGCUGUGGAAACCAUAACUGCAGUGAUAGUUGACCCAAUAACAGGAGACCCGAUUCCAUAUGCCCCAUGGGAUGUAUCAGAAGAGAGCGCCCAAAAUGCGAAUCAGACAGCCGUUGAGCAGUUAUGGGAUCUGAUACCUGAAAGUGACCGAACAGAUGCCGUGGUUCAAGCGAGCACACUGAUCAGCAUGAUGCGGCAUCGAGCGGAGAUCGAUGGAGCACAUUUCCGACUCACAAGACGAAUGGAAGACGGAUCGUACAAAACGAUUGAAGCGGAAAAAUGGCACAGAAAGGUCAAGCCACUUCCAAACGUUCAGGAACAACGUCAGAAAUUGAUCGGUCUACGGGCUAUAAUCCAAAGUGUCCGGACUGCUUACGGAAU